GGGGGCAGCCAUGGGGUCUGGGCUGAUCCUGAUUUGUUCGCUGCAGCUGACGGUGCUCCUGGGUCCCUCCCUGGUCCAUGGAGGGGGAGAUCCCCAAUUCCUGCUCCAGUCGAAGGACGAGUGCCACUUUGCCAAUGGGACUGCGGGCGAGGUCCACUACCUGCGGAGGCUCAUCUACAACGGGCAAGAGUACCUGCGCUUCGACAGCCGCCUGGGCAGAUUCAAGGCCCUCUUGCCGCUUGGUGAGCCUGAGGCCCAGUCCAUGAACAGUAAUCCGCAGGUCCUGGAGAUCCAGAGUGCCCAAGUGGACUCCUGCCCCCGCACCUACGAGGUCUUCCGGAGGAUCAUCGGCAGGAAGGUUCAGCCCACGGUGAAGAUCUCCCCCACCAAGGCAAACCCCCAGUCCCUCCACACCCUCCUGAUCUGCACCGUGGCAGGAUAUUACCCCUCGGAGAUUAAGAUCAAGUGGCUGAAGAACGGGCAGGAGCAGACGGAGGGGGUGGGGUACUCGGAGGAUUUCCAGAACGGAGACUGGACCUACCAGAAACGGGUGGUUCUGGAGACGGUGCCCGAGCGGGGCGACGUCUAUGCCUGCCAGGUGGAGCACAGCAGCCUGAACAACCCCCUUGCCGUGCAGUGGGAGCCGUGGCCCUCAGCCUCUGCCAAGAGCAAACUGUGGGUGGGGACUCUGGGGGCCAUGCUGGGGCUGGCCUUCAUAGCCGUGGGUCUUUCCUGGAACCUGAAGAAGAAAGGACUCAUCACUUAGUCCCGGUGGCUCUCGAUCCUACAUCAGGAAAUUCAUUUUCUUUAGCAAAUGACUUCUUUGUUUAGAAGACGCAAACCGAAGCAGAUGAAAUGGAUGGGGACUGAAUUGUAACGAUGCCCCCCACCCGCCACUGUUUGCCCCUUCCACAACUGGAGGGCCUUGACUUUCCCUCUUUAAGGGGGGGGUCUGUUCUGCCUCCCCAUCCCAGCAUCCCUGCACUUUUGUCCCAGGGCAGAAAUGGAGUCUAGGAGGGUUUUUUUUUUUUGCCAUUCUCCCACUAUGGUACAUCAGCCAAGUUCAGCCAUCGUUGACACAAACCAGAGAAUGUCUUGCAAGCAGAUUCUACUCUUGGUUUCUGGACUGAUGGUUGCUAAAAUUGCUCUUGCAUAUCCCUGCCAAAAAAAAGCAAGAUUUGGCCACAUCACCGGCAAACUAAGAAACAGAUUGCCGUUUGUUGGUUUGCUGUUGGUCAUUUCCAAAAUGCAUUUACCAGUCUUCAGUGUUGACUUUGACGGAAUGAACUGUUGCACAUUUAAAGGUUGCCUAACA